UUCAAUUUCUCAGUAUUCGCGCGUACGCAAUUUUUGUAUUUCAUGAACGAGUAAAUUAAUUUUUGCCAAAAAUCGAUUCAUAAAAUCAGCAUUAACCCGUAGGAGCAGCCAUUCACUCUUAUGACGUAUGCUCCGCUAAUCCGACAUUUCAGACAAACCCUGACACAUCACAAUAGCUGUAUCGGGCAGCGGGCUGUGGUCGUGUUGUGUGCAACAGACAGCAGUAGCCGAGCGCGUACACACACGAUUCGACAUACACUGCCGAGAAGUCAGCUAAAAAAAAAAAAAAUAUAACACGAAAACACGCACGAAUAAGUCCGCAAUGUUUCUCGCCGAAACCUACAAACUCGUGUCCAAGCCCAGGCUCACGCCCUUGGAGAACAACGAGGACGAUGGAUCAGAGAAGAAUCCCAACUUCCAGCUGGCCCAGUGGAAGGGCCUGCUGAGCUUGAGAGAGUGCGCGGAAGACACCACCGUGAAAACACGACUGCUCACGGCCAUUCGCAAUGGAAACAAGGCUCCAUUUUAUGAAAGGGUCUGCAGAGACCUUAACUGGCCCAUCGAUGAACCCUUGUUGAAAAAAAUGAAAGCUGUGAACGAAAAAGAACUUCAGGCACUGGACAAUGCCAUCGAAGAUGCCGAACAAAAUCUUGGAGAAAUGGAGGUCAGGGAAGCUAAUCUGAAAAAGUCUGAAUAUCUGUGCGCCAUUGGCGAUAAAGAAGAAGCAGUUGCUGCUUUUAAAAAAACCUAUGAAAAAACAGUGUCCUUAGGUCACAGAUUAGACAUUAUUUUUCACUUGAUUCGAUUAGGUCUUUUUUACAUUGAUCAUGAUCUUAUCACAAAAAAUAUUGAAAAAGCAGAACAGCUUAUUGAAGAAGGAGGUGACUGGGAUAGAAGAAAUAGAUUGAAAGUAUAUCAAGGUACUUAUUGUAUGGCAGUGAGAGAUUUUAAAAGAGCAGCUGACUUCUUUUUGGACACCAUCAGUACUUUUACUAGCUAUGAACUUAUGGACUACAAUACGUUUGUCAGAAAUACAGUUUAUCUAAGUAUGAUUAGUUUACCACGUAAUGAGUUGCGUGAUAAAAUCAUCAAGGGAUCAGAGAUUUUAGAAGUGUUGCACAGUAAUCCUGAUUGUAAAGACUACUUGUUCUCACUGUAUAACUGCCACUAUGCUGACUUCUUUAAGAAUCUAGCACAUGUUGAAAAACUAAUGAGACGAGACUUCCUUAUGCAUCCACAUUAUCGUUUCUAUGUGAGAGAAAUGCGUAUUCUUGCUUAUUCACAAUUACUGGAGUCUUACAAGUCAUUGACUUUACAGUACAUGGCAGAAUCUUUUGGAGUCAGUAUUGAGUAUGUUGAUCAGGAAUUAUCCCGUUUCAUUGCUGCUGGACGGCUACACUGCAAAGUGGAUCGCGUCGGUGGAAUCGUAGAAACGAAUCGACCCGACAGUAAAAACUCGCAGUACCAGGCGAUGGUGAAACAGGGUGAUUUGCUGCUCAACAGAGUCCAAAAACUGUCCAGAGUGAUCAACAUUUAAAGAAGCGUGAUGAACCUUGGCCUUUACGGCUGAUAUUUGUCAGUCAAUAACCACAAAAGAGUUGGACGGAAUUCUGCACGGAGGACAACUAAAAAAAAAACUGAUUUUAUUACUGUUUAAUAGAAAUUAUUAUAAAAGUGAAUCUGUAAAAUUAAGAAUUAUUCUUAAGAUUUGUAAUCAACUGAGAAUGAUAUCUGGCUCAACUGAAUCAUCAAUAAUUUGUUUUCCUUUAUAUUUUUGUCACGAUUCAUGUCGUCGCAUAUAAAGCAUUGUAUUUAUUUUUCUUUGUAUUUUAAGAUUAACGCUAAUGAAUGAAUUAUACAAAAAAAAACCA